GGCUACUGGGAGACGUGUAACGGACUGCGGGCCGCAGCCAUGACCGAGAGGAAGCCGAACGGUGGCAGCGGCGGCGCCUCGGCCUCCUCGUCCGGCACCAACCUGCUCUUCUCCUCCUCGGCGACGGAGUUCAGCUUCAACGUGCCGUUCAUCCCGGUCACCCAGGCCGCCGCGUCCCCGGCCUCCCUGCUCCUGCCGGGAGAGGAUUCCACAGAUGUUGGUGAGGAGGACAGCUUCCUUGGUCAGACGUCUGCUCAUACGUCCACCCCACAGACAUUCAGUUACUUCUCGCAGGCAUCGAGCAGCACCGACCCCUUUGGGAGUAUUGGGCAGUCACCGUUAACAACUGCAGCACCGUCGGCUGGACAGCCAGCGUUCUCUAAGCCACCUGCCGUGGUCCCUUUUACCACUGGACCCCAGGAAGUGCUGAAUGCCUUCCCACCAUCCAUCUCCAAGGCUCAGUAUGGUGCUCCGCCCCCCCCACAGAUGGGAAUGAAUGCUUAUCUGCCUUCUCAGCACUCCAGUCUCCCUCCUCCAAGUUUUGGGACCCCACCUCCAGGCGGACUGCAGCAAGGGAGCAAUCCAUAUCGCCAUACCCCUGCCAGCAGCCGGGUUAACCCGUACAUCACACCGCCAGAGCUACAGCAGUGCCAGCCCCCCAGCCAUCCCACCCCCCCUCCACCUUCAGGACCCCCUGUUCACAUGUACCAGAUGCCUCCCGGAUCUCUGCCACCGAUGCCUCCCUCAGGGCAGCCAGCCCUGCCCUCGCCAUCACAGCAGCAGGUCCUGGCCAGACCGCCAGUCCCCUUGGUGCAGGCGCCACCUCCUUUCCUUCUUCAAAACCAGUAUGAACCUGUUCAGCCGCACUGGUUUUACUGCAAGGAAGUAGAACACAGACAACUGUGGACGCCUUUCAGUGCAUAUGACUCUUUGAAUCUUGAGGAAAUCUAUAAUUCAGUUCAGCCGGACCCUGAGAGUGUGGUUCUGGCGACGGACGGAGGACGCUACGACGUCUACCUCUAUGACCGAGUGAGGAAGCCCGUGUACUGGGAAGAGGAGGCUGCCCAAGUGAGACGCUGCACGUGGUUCUACAAGGGGGACACAGACAGCAGAUUUAUUCCCUACACCGAGGAGUUCAGUGAGAAACUAGAGGCUGAAUAUAAAAAAGCUGUCACCACCAAUCAGUGGCACCGCAGACUGGAGUUCCCCCGUGGAGAAACAAUUGUUAUGCACAAUCCAAAGGUUAUUGUCCAGUUCCAGCCUUCCUCAGUGCCUGAUGAGUGGGGAACCACACAGGAUGGACAGACAAGGCCUCGGGUCGUCAAACGUGGGAUUGAUGAUAGCCUUGAUGAAAUUCCUGACGGGGAGAUGCCUCAGGUGGACCACUUAGUCUUCAUGGUGCAUGGCAUUGGACCUGUGUGUGACUUGCGCUUCAGAAGCAUGAUUGAAUGUGUGGAUGAAUUUAGGGUGGUUUCUCUCAAAUUGCUGCAGACACAUUUUAAGAAAUCUUUCAAUGAUCAGAGAGUGAGCAGAGUGGAAUUCCUCCCCGUUCACUGGCACGGUUCCCUGGGUGGGGCUGCCACAGGUGUUGACAGGAGUAUUAAGAAAAUCACUUUACCAAGUAUUGGUCGGUUCCGUCACUUUACCAAUGAAACCUUGCUAGAUAUUUUGUUUUACAAUAGCCCCACCUACUGCCAGUCGAUUGUGGAGAAGGUGGGAAUGGAGAUGAACCGGCUGUAUGCACUCUUCUUGAGCCGGAACCCAGACUUCAAGGGAGGCGUCUCCGUCGCUGGCCACAGUCUAGGUUCUUUAAUACUGUUUGACAUCCUGUCUAAUCAGAAAGAUCUGAAUUCAUCAAAGUCUGUGGCGCCCGCUGCUGUUGCUAAUGGAGUUGUGAAGCCGACGCAUUUUCUGGAAAAGCAGGUGACAGAAGAACCAAAACUGGCUUUGGAUGAGUCUUGUGAUCUUGAUGUUGAAAAUGAAGAAGUCCUCACUUUGCGGGGCACCCUGGAAGCACUUAGCCUGUCUGAAUAUGUCACUACCUUUGAAAAGGAGAAGAUGGACAUGGAGUCUUUGCUCAUGUGUACAGUCGAUGAUCUGAAGGAGAUGGAGAUACCCCUGGGACCCAGGAAGAAGAUUGCUAAUUUCGUGAAACAUAAAGCAGCCAAGCUGAGAAAAGCCGCUUCAGAAAAGAAGGCAGCAAUGGCCGCUUUAGCCAAGGGGCAGGAGGAGAGUGCUCAGAAAGCCAGGCAGGCGGGUUCGCGGCCCCCAGAGCCCAGCGAGUCGAAGCGGAGACUCCCGCUCGGGGCCUUUGUCUCCUCGGUGCAUGUGGACUAUGAGGCUUUCGAAGUCGGCACCGGACAGGUGUCUGUUGCUUACAACUCCUUAGACUUUGAACCGGAAAUUUUCUUUGCCUUGGGAUCUCCAAUUGCCAUGUUUCUCACUAUUCGAGGAGUGGAUAGAAUAGAUGAGAACUACAGACUUCCUACCUGUAAAGGAUUCUUCAAUAUUUAUCAUCCACUUGACCCUGUGGCAUAUCGACUAGAACCUAUGAUUGUUCCAGAUUUGGACCUUAAAGCAGUUCUCAUUCCACAUCAUAAAGGCAGAAAAAGACUUCAUUUAGAGCUGAAAGAAAGCCUCUCUCGGAUGGGGUCUGACUUGAAGCAGGGCUUCAUCAGCUCCCUGAAAAGUGCUUGGCAGACCUUAAAUGAGUUUGCCCGUGCUCAUACCUCUUCAGCUCAGUUACAGGAGGAACUGGAGAAGGUUGCCAAUCAAAUCAAAGAAGAAGAAGAAAAGCAAGUGGUUGAAGCGGAAAAGAUUGUUGAAAGUCCAGAUUUUUCCAAAGAUGAGGACUACUUAGGAAAGGUUGGAAUGUUAAAUGGAGGCCGCCGAAUUGACUACGUUCUCCAGGAAAAACCAAUAGAAAGUUUUAAUGAAUAUCUUUUUGCUCUUCAAAGUCACUUAUGUUAUUGGGAAUCUGAAGAUACGGCCCUGCUGUUACUUAAAGAAAUUUAUCGAACAAUGAGCAUUAGUCCGGAGCAGCCACAGCAUUGA